CAAGUCUGGCACAGUUUCCAGGGGACAUGGCUUUUGUGGUCAGGAGGAUCAGGAGAGGCUGGGUGUUCCCACCUGUUGGUCCCACUUGUGGCACUCCUAGGCCUGAGAAACCUGUCUCUGCUGUGGUGGCUGCGAGCCUCUCCCUUGUGCCUGAUGCUUCACCUGGUUGCCCUGGUGACCUCUCAGGUGGCUGCAGCGGCAGCUGGGUACCAAACCAGUAAUAAACAAGGAAACGCCCAGAGGGAGGGAGGCAGGUCCUUCCCCCAGCUCCGCCUUGCUCUCUCUCCUCUUCUUUCCACCUCCCCAGCCUGGAGUAGGAGAGAGCAAGAGUGGUUUCCUCCAGCUGCUGCCUUAGGCAGGCUCCUCGUCAGUGGCUGGAGAGGAGGAGGAUGUGGGGGCUGUGAGGCGCAGUGUUGAGUGAGUUCCUGUGGGUGGGAGGGCAGUGGAUAGACCAGGCAACUAGGUAUUGGCCUUUGUUCCAAUGGAUCCAGAGAACCUGCCGGUGAGUAGUCUCUGUGUGGAAAUAAGUAGAGUGUUUACAGGCAGGUGUGUGUAUCUGCAAGGUGGUGAGGAGGUGAGCUGUGUCCCAGUGCAUGGGCAGGGUUGUGUGUGUUUAUCAGCAUGCACUUGGGUAGAUGCAUGUGUGCACGGGCACCUGCCUGUGUGUGCAGGAGCUGAGUGGAUGUGUGUUUGCAGGUGCUUGUCUGUGUGCAUGGACAGGAGGGGGCGUGUGGUUCUGUGUGUGGAGUCAGGUGGUGUGGAUAUGCAGGGCUUUGCUGUUGCCUGUGUGUUCUGUGCAUGUGAAUCUAUGAGGUGCAUGCAUGCCAGGGCAUGUGUACAGGAAUGGGUGUCCAGACCUUAGGCAAGCAGGUGCAGGGCUGGGUGCGACAGAUGAACUCAGGUCACUCUGUCCUUUCACUGGAGCAGUCAGGGCUUCUGGACUUACUUCCAGUCCAUUUUGGGCCCAAAGCAGAUCCACCUCUUCUGUCUCUUACCCUAAGCUCAUGGGACCUCGUCACCCUUGUCUUCUUUUCUCUGGCCAGGUCAUCAACAACUACCUGGAUGCCAACGAGCCUGCGUCUUCGGAGGCCCGUCUGAGCCGUAUGCACUUCCAUGACAACCGGAGGAAGGUUGACUAUGUGCUCGCCUACCACUACCGGAAACGCGGGGCGCACCCUUGCCAAGGGUCCCCUGGCCACUCGUUGGCCAUCGUCUCCAAUGGGGAGACAGGCAAGGAGCCCCAUGCAGGGGGCCCCGGUGACAUUGAGCUGGGGCCACUUGAUGCCUUGGAGGAGGAGAGGAAGGAGCAGCGGGAGGAGUUUGAGCACAACCUCAUGGAGGCUGGACUGGAGCUCGAGAAGGACUUGGAGAGUAAAAGCCAGGGAUCUGUCUUUGUCCGGAUACACGCCCCAUGGCAGGUGCUGGCCAGAGAGGCAGAAUUCUUGAAGAUCAAAGUUCCCACUAAAAAAAUGUAUGAGAUCAAGGCAGGAGGCAGCAUUGCAAAGACCUUCAACGCGAUUCUGCAGAAGCUGAGUUCACCCCUGCAGCCCAGAGUUCCAGAGCACAGCAACAAUCGGAUGAAAAACCUCUCCUACCCAUUCUCCAGGGAGAAAAUGUACCUGUACAACAUCCAGGAAAAGGACACAUUCUUUGAUAACGCCACCCGCAGCCGCAUUGUGCAUGAGAUUCUGAAGCGCACAGCCUGUUCUCGAGCCAACAACACCAUGGGUAUUAACUCUCUGAUCGCGAACAAUAUCUAUGAGGCUGCCUACCCUCUUCAUGACGGUGAAUAUGAUAGUCCGGGGGAUGACAUGAAUGACAGAAAGCUGCUGUACCAGGAAUGGGCACGCUAUGGAGUGUUUUAUAAGUUUCAACCCAUUGACCUCAUCAGAAAAUAUUUUGGAGAAAAAAUUGGACUGUAUUUUGCCUGGCUGGGAUUAUAUACAUCAUUCCUCAUCCCAUCUUCCGUAAUUGGGGUGAUUGUGUUUCUUUAUGGAUGUGCAACAAUCGAAGAAGAUAUUCCCAGCAAAGAGAUGUGCGACCAGCAGAAUGCCUUCACCAUGUGUCCCCUGUGUGACAAGUCCUGUGACUACUGGAACCUCAGCUCAGCCUGUGGGACUGCACGGGCCAGCCACCUGUUUGACAACCCUGCCACUGUCUUCUUCUCCAUCUUCAUGGCCCUGUGGGCUACCAUGUUUCUGGAAAACUGGAAGAGACUCCAGAUGCGACUGGGCUACUUCUGGGACCUGACUGGAAUAGAAGAGGAAGAAGAACAUUCCCGGCCGGAGUAUGAGAGCAAAGUUCGAGAGAAAAUGCUGAAGGAGAGUGACAAGUCGGUGGUCCAGAAAUUAGAUGCAAAUACCGCUGGGAGUGAAGAUGAGGUAGGAAACAGGGGAAGGAAAAGCAGUAUCGCAGGCCUUGAGCCGUGCCUGAGGUCUCUGCACAGUUCCCACAUAUUCCGCACGCCUGUCAUUUUCCACCGUCAGGAGCUGGCUGCAUCGCAGCUUGAAGAUGAUGAAGAUAAACUGACCUGGAAAGAUCGUUUCCCAGGUUACUUGAUGAACUUUGCUUCCAUCUUGUUCAUGAUCGCCCUGACAUUCUCCAUUGUUUUUGGGGUGAUUGUGUAUCGGAUCACAACCGCAGCUGCCCUGUCUCUCAACAAGGCCACCCGCUCCAACGUGCGAGUGACGGUGACGGCGACAGCGGUCAUCAUCAACCUCGUGGUCAUCCUCAUCCUUGACGAGAUCUACGGCGCCGUGGCCAAGUGGCUCACCAAAAUCGAGGUUCCAAAAACAGAACAGACGUUCGAAGAGCGCUUGAUCCUCAAGGCUUUCCUGCUGAAGUUUGUUAACGCCUACUCCCCCAUCUUCUACGUGGCCUUUUUCAAGGGGAGGUUUGUGGGCAGGCCUGGGAGCUACGUCUAUGUGUUUGAUGGCUACCGUAUGGAAGAGUGUGCUCCGGGAGGCUGCCUCAUGGAACUGUGCAUCCAGCUCAGCAUCAUCAUGUUGGGGAAGCAGCUGAUCCAGAACAACAUCUUUGAGAUUGGAGUCCCGAAACUAAAGAAACUAUUUCGGAAACUGAAAGAUGAGACAGAACCUGGAGAAACAGACUCUGCCCAUUCAAAACAUCCCGAGCAGUGGGACCUGGACUACAGUCUGGAGCCAUACACUGGACUGACUCCAGAAUACAUGGAAAUGAUCAUCCAGUUUGGUUUUGUCACCCUUUUUGUGGCCUCCUUUCCUCUGGCACCUGUGUUUGCCCUUCUCAACAAUGUCAUCGAAGUGCGGCUUGAUGCUAAGAAGUUUGUGACGGAGCUGAGACGGCCAGAUGCUGUGAGAACCAAAGAUAUCGGAAUUUGGUUUGACAUUCUUUCUGGAAUCGGCAAGUUCUCGGUUAUCAUCAAUGCUUUUGUCAUUGCUGUCACAUCCGACUUUAUCCCCCGCCUGGUGUACCAGUACUCUUAUAGUCACAAUGGGACUCUGCAUGGCUUUGUCAACCACACCCUCUCCUUCUUCAAUGUCAGCCAGCUGAAGGAAGGGACACAACCGGAAAACUCACAGUUUGACCAGGAAGUGCAGUUCUGCAGGUUUAAGGAUUACCGAGAGCCGCCGUGGGCCCCGAACCCAUAUGAGUUUUCCAAACAGUACUGGUCUGUUCUGUCUGCCCGUCUGGCUUUUGUCAUCAUCUUCCAGAACCUUGUGAUGUUCCUGAGUGUCCUUGUGGACUGGAUGAUCCCAGACAUCCCCACGGACAUCAGUGACCAGAUCAAGAAGGAGAAGAGCUUGCUGGUGGACUUCUUCCUGAAAGAGGAGCACGGGAAGCUCAAGGUCACUGAUGAACCAGCCCAGCGGAGCCCAGGUGGCAGGGACCGCAGCAGGGGGAGCCGUGCAGCCAGCUCCGCACCCUCGGGCCGAAGCCAGCUGAGCAGCAGAGCCUCAUCUGGUUCUCAGCACACCAACGUGUGAGCAGGCCGGCCCUUGCACAGGAGGGCACCACAGUGGCGAGAGGCAUGAGUGUGCCGCAUCUUUGCACACCCGUGCAGAUGUGCUGUCUGUCUGCCUGGAUAUGACUGGAGGGCAUCUUGGAAAUGGAGUGAAUGUGAAAGAGGGAGGGAGAGAAAUGGGGCGAGAGCGCAAGAAGGAGGAGAAUGGAUGCCGCUUCUCAGAAAUUUCAAGCUUCUGUUUCUUGUAGGGCAUCUUUGGAGCCGUGUCCUUUUUGGGGUUGGCACCACUGGAGCCUCUCCACCCAGGAGUUUCCAGGCGCUAGGAACAUUCUGAUGUUCCCUGGGUGGCCUCUCCUGUUUCACCAUCAUUGCAGACUGCUAGGGAGGUGCAGUCAGGGCCCCCUCCUACUCCCCAUCGUAAGUGAUGACCCCCUUGCCCAUUGCCACCUGAGAAAAUCUGAUUUGCUGGCAUUUGGGGCCAUCAGAGCCUCAGUGGACACAAAUCAAGUGACAGGGAUGACUGCUGCAGCCCCUGGACCCAAUAGUGAGGAGUAAAGUUGCAUCUUGGGCUUGUCCCUGGUUCAUGUCCCAAGGACGCUUGGAGCUAAAUGUGAUUAACCAUCAUCUUAUGCAGGUCAGAUUUAAAUAAUAAAACGAAUGGAACAUUGUUUAUAAAAAUGCAUCUCGUGU